UCGCAGCCGCAAGGUCUUCCCGCACGCGCGGAGAACAACCCGCGCGCAACAAAAAGCGCGCGCUUUUCGUCGUUGUUGCUGAACAUUCGUCACGAAACGCAUCGCGCGUUUAUUUGUGAGGAAAAUAGGGGGUACGUUUAACAAAAAAAAUAAUACUAUUUAAAAUAAGGGAUUUAAAUAAUUAAGCUCGACCCCCCCCCCCUCACCCCCUCACAAGCUGGGCCGCCCCCUUUGUUGUUGUCGCUGCUGCUACUACUGCAGCGAUGGCGGACAAACCCUUCAAGGCGGAGUACGCGAAGAGCAGCCGCGCUUCGUGCAAAAAAUGCGGCGGCAACAUUGAGAAGGACUGCCUGCGUCUCGCAGUCAUGGUGCAGUCACCCAGGUUUGACGGCAAGGUGCCACAGUGGCACCAUUUCCAGUGCUUUUGGAAGCGCGCGCGGCCUCUGACGCAGGCCGAUGUGGACGGCUUCAGCGAGUUGCGCAGCGCUGACCAGGACCGCAUCAAGAAGCACAUCGAGGGCAGUGCGGACGGUGAAGGGAAAAGCAGUGGCAAGGCAAAUGGAGGAGCAGCAGCAUCAAACACCCUCCCAGAUUUUUUGGUGGAGUACGCCAAGUCCAACCGCAGCAAGUGCAAGGGCUGUGAUGACAAGAUCGAGAAGGACGACGUGCGUAUCUCGCGGAAGAUGAUCAACAUCGAGAAGCCGCACCUGGGCAUGAUUGACCACUGGUACCACACCAACUGUUUCGUGGAACAUCGCGACACGCUGGGCUUCCUUUCGACGUACGGCGCAAAUCAGAUCGGUGGCUUCACGCGGCUCAACGCCAAUGACAAGAAGGCUGUCGAGACCCUGCUCGGCACUGUCGUCGUCGAUGGAAAACGUAAAGCAGAGGACCAGGUAGAUGAGGUGGCCAAGAAGAUCAAGUUGGAGUCCAUGCAACAGAAGGAAGAGGAAGAGAAGAUGCUAAAGAAGCAGAGCAAUGUUAUCUGGAGCUUCAAGGAUGGCCUGAAGAGCUGCAGCGAUGAGAUUGACCUCAAGGAGCUGCUGAUUGCCAACAAACAGGCCGUGCCAUCUGGCGAGUCUGCGGUGCUGGAGCGCCUGGCUGACGGGAUGGCGUUCGGUGCGCUUCUGCCAUGUGCAGAGUGUAAGGACGGGCAGCUCGUGUGCAUGAGCGACGCUUACCGCUGCUCGGGGAACAUCUCCGGCUGGACUAAGUGCACAUUCAGCACAAAGACACCCAAGCGCAAUGAGUGGAUCAUCCCAAAGGAGUUCAAGGAUGUGCCAUUCCUGAAGAAGUAUAAGUACAAGCAGCGCGAGCGCGUCUUCAUGUCCGCCCAAGCUACUACCAGCCCGCCGCGUGCUGCCACCGUCGCCACUGCCACCGUCGCCACUGCUGCAACCAAAAGUGGAGAAGCCCCCGGAACCAGCGCUGGCGCAGUCCCAGGAAAAUUAUUGGCCGGCAAGGCGUUGUGCUUGGUGGGGAAGCUGCAGAAGAGCCGUGAUGAUAUCAAGGCACUGGUGGAGAAACUGGGAGGCAAGAUGACCAGCACGGUCCCCAAGGCCGAUUUCUGCAUCAGCACCAAGAAGGAGGUGGAGAAGAUGUCAAAGAAGAUUGCGGAGGCUCAGACGUGCAACGUAUGCGUGGUGGCGGAGGAUCUGCUCACAGAGGCCUCGGGGCGGCCCUUGGCUGAGCUGGUGUCGGCGCACCGCCUGUCGACCUGGGGGGCGCCAAUAAAGGUUGAGCAGGAGCCAACGGUGAAGACCGAGCCAGUGCUGGAGGUUCCCAAGGAGGCGUCGGCUAAGAGCAGCAAACGAAAGUCGGAGGGUCAGAAGGCCGAGGCGAAUAAGCUGAAGCUGACUGUGAAGGGUCGUGCUGCCGUGGACCCCUUGUCUAAUUUGGUGGAUGUGGCCCACGUGCUGGAGGAUCGUGGCAUGAUCUACGGCGCCGCUAUGAGUCUGGUGGAUGUUGAGAGGGGAACCAACUCGUACUACAAGCUGCAGCUGCUGGAGUGUGACCUCAAUCGAAAAUACUGGGUGUUUCGCUCAUGGGGCCGCUUGGGCACGACGAUCGGUGGCACCAAGCUGGAGAAGAUGAAGAGCCGUGAAGACGCGGUGGAGCACUUCUGCCAGCUCUACUACGACAAGACCGGCAACAAAUGGAACGCCCGCAACUUCGUCAAGUACCCCAACAAGUUCUACCCGGUGGAGACGGACUACGGGCAGGAUGAUGAGGACAUUCAUGAUCUGAAGGCCAUGGCGGGUACCAACUCGAAGCUGGCAAAGCCGAUUCAGGAACUGCUGCGUAUGAUCUUCGACAUAGACAGCAUGAAGAGGACCAUGGUAGAGUUCGAGAUCGAUCUCUGCAAGAUGCCUCUUGGAAAGCUGAGCAGGAAGCAGAUCCAGAGCGCCUACAGCGUGCUGGGGGAUGCACAGAAGCUGGUGUCCGAGAGUGGCCUCACCUCGCUGAUCCAGGACCUGUCCAACAAGUUCUACACCCUCAUCCCGCACGACUUCGGCAUGAAGAAGCCCACACUCCUGGACAACCUCGACUAUAUCAAGAUGAAGGUGGACAUGCUCGACAACCUGAUGGACAUCGAAGUGGCAUACAGCCUCCUGAACCCCAAGGACGAGACGUCGGGUGGCAAGAAAGAUUUGCUGGAUGCAAGCUACGAAAAACUGCACACCACUAUAGAGGUGCUGGGUAAGGACACGGAGGAGUUCCGAGUGAUCCUGGAGUAUGUCACCAACACGCACGCGCACACGCACGAUGCCUACGAGCUCGAGGUGGAGGAGGUGUUCAAGGUGUCGCGAGACGGCGAGUUUCAGCGCUACCGCCCGUUCCGCGAGCUUCACAACCGCCAGCUUCUGUGGCACGGUUCCCGCAUGACGAACUACGCCGGCAUCCUCUCCAAGGGCCUCCGCAUCGCGCCCAAGGAGGCUCCAGUUACGGGCUACAUGUUCGGCAAGGGUGUCUAUUUCGCCGACAUGGUGUCCAAGAGUGCCAACUACUGCCACACAAGCCCCAGCAACCCCACCGGCCUCAUCCUGCUCGCCGAAGUCGCCCUCGGAAACAUGCAUGAGCUGAAGCAAAGCGAAUCGAUUACCAAGCUGCCAAAGGGAACCCACAGUGUGAAGGGUGUGGGUAAGACGGCGCCUGACCCGAAGAAGACCGUGACUCUCAACGGCGUGCAGGUGCCAAUUGGCAAUCCUUCCGCGACGGGCAUCAACGACACCAGCCUGCUGUACAACGAAUACAUCGUUUACGACGUGGCUCAGGUGAACAUCAAGUACCUGCUCAAACUGAACUUCAAGUACAAGAUGCAGCUGUGGUAGACAAGCGACAGGCGGAAAACACACAAAACAAAAAAAA